AGCCGGCUGUCCCACACAGCCCAGCUGGAAGCUCCAGCGGUCAGGCCAGGCAAGCGGCCUCCGGAGGCACCUUGGGGCGGCCGGAGACGGGGAGGAUCCACCUCUGGGCUGAGCAGGCCGCGAUGGGGGCCGUGGCCAAGCCUGGGCCCGGGCCGUAUCAGGCCCCCCUGAGGAGAAGGCCAUCCCCCCUGCAGACACGGGCCAUGUUCACCUCCAGGGAGCUGCUGCUGGUGUGGUUCCUGGUGCUGGCAGUGGGUGGCACUGAGCACGUCUUCCGGCCUGGCCGCAGGGUGUGUGCCAUCGGGGCUCCCAGGGGCCCCGAGUCAGAGUCUUUCGUGCAGCGAGUGUACCAACCCUUCCUCACCACCUGUGACGGGCACCGAGCCUGCAGCACCUACCGGACCGUCUACAGGACUGCCUACCGCCGCAGCCCUGGGCCGGCCGCCCCCAGGCCUCGCUACGCCUGCUGCCCCGGCUGGAAGAGGACCGGCGGGCUCCCCAGGGCCUGUGGAGCAGCAAUAUGCCAGCCACCGUGCCAGAACGGAGGGAGCUGUGUCCAGCCAGGCCGCUGUCACUGCCCUGCAGGAUGGCAGGGUGACACCUGCCAGACAGACGUGGACGAGUGCAGGGCUGGAGGGGGCACCUGUCCCCAGCACUGCGUCAACACCGCGGGUAGUUACUGGUGCUGGUGUUGGGAAGGGCACAGCCCAUCUGCAGAUGGUGUGCUCUGCCUGCCCAAGACAGGGGCCCCCAGGGUAGCCCCGAACCCCACAACAGCCAGGAGACGCCACACCUCCGCUGACGACGGGACAUUAUUACUUUUGGUACGCGCUGUGACACUUCAAACUCGUACCGCGUGGACAGCGCAGUCGAGGAGGAAGUGCAGAGACUUCGGUCAAGGGUGGACGUGCUGGAGCAGAAGCUGCAGCUGGUGCUGGCCCCGCUACAUAGCCUGGCCUCAAGGGCCCUGGAGCAUGGGCUCCCGGACCCCAGCAGCCUCCUGGCGCAUUCCCUCCAGCAGCUGGACCGCAUCGACUCUCUGAGCGAGCAGAUCUCCCUCCUGGAGGAGCAGCUGGGGUCCUGUUCCUGCGAGAAGGAGCUGUAACAGGCGGCCCGGGCCCCUGGCCCUGGCUAUUGGGAGCCUUGCCCACUGCGCUAGGUCGGGCCGGAGGGGGACUUCGCGCCAAGGCGGGGCGGGAGGAGGGGUCCCCCUGGGUGUGAUCCAGCCCCAGCCCGGCCAGCACCAGUGAGGGGGGCCGUGGCUCAGGGGAGGUACGAGGGUCUUGCUUGCCGGGCAGCAUGUUGGGGGCACCUCUGCUCCGUGUCAGAAUAAAAUUAAGGUUCA